AUGUACGCAAAUCGGGUACCAAAAGUGGAAGUGAUCACGUCACAAAACGCUCCUCAAGUCAUCGUCGCACCGCUGCAACAACAGCAACAGCAGCCGGUUGCGCAGCUCCCUAAUUUCAAAGAUGAUGAAAAAAUGCCAUUAUUUUUGAUCAAGCUAUGGAGUAUUGUCGAGGAUCCGCAAUACCAACAAAUCGUUCGAUGGGAUGAGCAAUCGUCACGUACGACUGAAAACUCCACAAAUGGUGGGCAAGCACAGGCUACAAUACAGUUGGUCAUGGAAGAAAUGCGUCAGCUGCGAGAAAAGCAGCGUACUACAGAUAACAAGAUGCAUGAACUUGUGAAGGAAAACGAACAGUUAUGGGAGCAGGUGACUUUAUUACGUGCACAACACAAUCGUCAGCAGCAGGUGGUGACAAAGCUGGUGCAGUUCCUUGUUGCAAUGAUGCAGCCGAAUUCAACGGUGGCGAAGCGUGUCAUGAAGAGAGGAGUGUUGGCAAUUGACGAGCCACCCCAAAAGCGUAUGAGAAUGAACCAAAACCUAAAUUCGAACAACACGUCUAAUCUGACCGACAUUCUUGAUCGGCUUCAAAGAGAAAUGCUGGAUAUUGGUGGUAUUCGUGGUGUUGCUGCUGCUGCCAGUCGCGCUGAUGGCCCAAUAAUUGCUGAUGUGACGGACGAAUGGGUCCCAGGUUCUUCUUCUGGUAGCCCUCAGGGACAGGCACAAAGAAAUAAGCAACCGUUUGGCAGCAACGCAUACAAUAUGUCUUCGAAUAUGCAAAUGGCUCCAUCAACAUCUACCAACAAUUCUUCCACAUCUGUCGGUUUGAACACUCCCAGAAGGGCCCAAAAUGGCGAAACUCCGGCCGCUAUUUCUGGAGCGGCACAGGAUUUCCAAGACUAUUUGAAUGGAAUUGAUCUGGAUAUUGACAAAUGCAGGGAUUUGCUGGGAAAUCACUGGGAUUUCAAUCUGUUUGAUAACGUGGACGUGGACGAAGAUCAGGAACAGGUGCAGUCUGACAAUCAACAGCAUGAAGUAAACGCCGUGAAUUCUUCAUACGGCGGCUACGGAAUGCAGAAUGGCAAUGCACAACAACCUGGCCUGUUGACGUAUCCUGGUCCACAGCUGGCGUUGGAGGGAGGCCCACUGACCACCGAUACAUACAGAAGAAACCCUCAGGUCGAAUUGGUGGAAGAAGAUUCACACGCUGAGGUCAAUCCUCAAUUAGAGUUCCCAUGUACGCCUUUGGUAGGAGCAGACGAUCUAUUGUUCCCUAGUACUCCUGAACUGCUUACACCAUGCACGAGUCCACGUCCGUAA